AUGCUAAUUCUAGUACUAGCUUGCAUAUACACUACAGAUCCGGACCAUAUACCCCACCAUUAUAAACUCAAUUCCAUCUAUAUCAACUCGGAAAUGCCGUUUCCAGACCUUGCCCGGUUUAUUACCGACUCAGCCGCUCAUUACCAUCUAGAACAUAAGACUCUUCAAGCACCAUUAAAAGAAGGUUUUGAACAAUACUUGCAUGAAAUCAAUGUGGAUUGUAAAACCAUCAUUGUUGGCAUUCGAUACACCGACCCAUACGGAUCGAACUUAGAGUAUGAACAAAUGACAGACCAUAACUGGCCAUCGUUUCUUCGUAUACACCCAAUACUCCAUUGGAACUAUGUGGAUAUAUGGGAUUUUUUGGUGGGUUGCAACGUGGAAUACUGUCACAUGUACGAUUUGGGAUACACCAGUUUAGGAGGAAUCGACAAUACGGUGCCAAAUCCGUAUUUGAAGCGGGAUGACAAGUAUCUUCCGGCGUAUAUGUUGUACGACCAAGCUGACGAGCGCGAGCGACUCGGCCGGCAAAAGGCGAGGAAGUGA